CGGCCCGGCCGCUGCUGCUCCCGAGCCAGCUCCCGAUCCAGCUCCCGAGCCAGCUGCCGAGCCGGCCCUCGCCGCCAUGAGCGGGCUGGGGCAGCUGCGGGAGCAGCGGGAGGCGGCCGCCGUGCAGCGCCGGCGGGAGCAGGAGUUCCUGCGGCGGAGCCGCAUCUUCAACGCGCGGCUCCGCACCAUUGGGAUUGAUAAAGAUGCAUUGGAUGUGCAGGUCAAGGAAAGGAAAAUUCAAGAAGCAAUUGAAAAAGCACGACAUGAAAAAUUUGCUAAUGACAUGAAGAGGAAUGACAGGCUCAUGUGUCUGCUGGAAGAACAACAGAAAAGGGAAAUCAAAGACAUGAAUAAGGCUCUCAAGGAAUUUCAGAAGAAUCAGACACCAGAAACAAGACGUGAGUUUGACCUGAAUGAUCCCCAGGCCCUCAAGAAGGACAGACCCGCCCGAGUUUCGGACACCGACCCUCGCUGUACCAUCUCUGGCAUGCAGAAGUUUGCAGGGGAAGACCUAAACUAUGAGCAGAGGAUGAAGUUCCAAAAGGAGCAGCUAAGAGAGUGGUCUCUUCAGCAGCAGAAAGACUGGAAGACUGCGUUAGCUGACCAAAAACUGGCAGAUGAUCUUUAUGACAAAUAUAGGGUUGAAGUCGACCGAAAGAUUCUGGAGCUCCAACGACAAGAAGAAGAAAGCAGGCGAGCUGUCUGUACAGCCACCAAGGAUUUCAACAGAAUCCAGGCUGACGAACUAGCUUUUAAAAAGGAGCUGGACAAGUCUCAAACACUGAGAGACAACAUGGAUGAAAUUACCUUCCUGCUUCGAGGAGACUUCCUUUCUGAGAACCCUGCCCAAGCCCUCAGUCCCUUGGGUGACCGUGUGCUCGUGGACCGCUGGAAGGGCAUGAGCCCGGAGCAGCUGAUGGCAAUUCGGCACUACCAGAAGGAACAAGCUCAGGAGAACCUGAGGCUGAAGGAGCAGGAGCGGCAGCGGGACGCGGAGUGGGACAGGCAGCGCCUGCAGGCGGCCAGAGCACAGAUGCUGCUGGAGAGGGAGCAGCGACGGCAGCUCCGGGAGCGGCGCCGGGACCUGGACUUCAUGAAUGCAGAGCUCUCCCAGGAGCAGAGGGCGAAGAACAUCUACCUUAAAGAAGAGGCAUAUUCCAACAUCCCAACAGCCCAGUAUUACGCACAGUUUAACACAACCACCCGGUGACAUUCUGGAUAAAUCAGCCUGAAUUACACAGAAGUAUGUAUACAUUAAAAUUUCUAAGUGAGCCAUC